GGCAGGUGGCACACUAUUCGCGGCAGCCCAUUUGUGAUUCUUGUAGGGCUCCAGGAAUAUUCUAAAGUGGAUUUUUUCCUUUUUCGCGUUUUUAUCGGCUCCUGGGCCUACUAGAGCCAAAAACCUCCCGUCCAGUUAAGCACGUUCUUUGUAAUAAUGCCUUACCGCAUUACCGAUUCCCUGAGCAAAAUUACAUAGCUACGCCCUCUGUCGGAUGCAACGACAAAUUGUUCUUUGUAAAAGCAAUGGCGUGUGCCUUACUUCGGCCAUUUUUGACCACUGCAGUUCGCUGAAUUAGUGAACGUGCAAUUAAUUUUCUUAUAAAUUAACGUUAUCAGCAAAAAGUGAAUAACAACGUAAUAAAUAUUGCUGCAGUUCGUAGUUAAGCCCUUAAGGAGACCAUUAGGAGUAAAUAAUGGCUGAUUUCCUGGAUUCGGAGGCCGAGGAGAGUGAGGAAGAGCAAGAGUUGGAUCACAAUGAGAGAAAGAAACUGAAAAAGGUUAAGGCUAUGGAGGAGAGCGAUGAGGACGAUGAGGAUGACGAAGAUCGGAUUAGGGAGGAAUUGAAGGAUCUUAUUGAUGACAGACCCAUUGAUGAGAGUGAGGGGGAAGACAGUGAUGGCUCAGAAGGAAAAAAACGUAAGAAGAGUGAUGAUGAAGACUUUGAUGAUCGACUUGAGGACGAUGAUUAUGAUCUCAUUGAGGAAAAUCUGGGAAUUACUGUUGAGAGGAAACGAUUCAAAAGGCUAAAACGAGUGCAAGAUCGAGAGUCUGAUGAUGAGGAGGAGCAUCAUCCUGGAGAAGAGAGGGACGCCAUCGCUAAUGAGCUGUUCGAAGGGGGAUCUGGGGAUGAGAGGGAUGCACUAGUGGAGGAUGAACGGCGCAGCGAGAGAAGUCACCGACAGGAGCCCGAGACCUUCGAUGAGGAGGGUAGUGAGGGUGAGUAUUCGGAUGCCGAUGACUUCAUUGUGGACGAUGAGGGUCGCCCAAUAGCCGAGCGCCGACGAAAAAAGAAGCCCAUUUUCUCCGACGCAGCCCUCCAAGAAGCCCAGGACAUUUUCGGCGUGGACUUCGACUACGAUGAGUUUGGGAAAUACGACGAUGCUGGCUACGAAGAAGAGGAAGAGGAGGAAGAGGAUGAGUACGUCGAGGAUGACGGCGAGGGCGAACGUCCCAGGCGCCCUAAGAAAACCCCCAAGAAAAAACCAACGAAAAAGAGCAUUUUCGAGAUCUACGAGCCGAGCGAACUCAAGCGUGGCCAUUUCACAGAUAUGGACAAUGAGAUAAGAAUUACAGACAUUCCGGAACGAAUGCAACUGCGCUCGAUGCCAGUGACAUCGGUACCAGAGGGAUCGGACGAGUUGGAGCAAGAGGCUGAGUGGAUUUACAAACAAGCUUUUUGCAAGCCAACAAUAUCCGUUCAGGAUGCCCACCUGAAUGCCGAGGCUAAGGAUCGUGCGAGAAAGGGCCCACAGACAGUUGGGAAAAUCAAGAAGGCCCUGGACUUCAUGAGAGUCCAGCACUUCGAGGUGCCCUUCAUCUCUUUCUACAGAAAGGAAUACGUUCUUCCGGAAUUGAAUAUCAACGAUCUGUGGAAGGUGUACAAAUUUGACGCCAAAUGGUGCCAGCUUCGUCAACGCAAGGAAAAUCUUUUGACCCUAUUCGAGAAGAUGAGGAACCACCAGUUGGAGCUGUUGAUGAAAGAUCCAGACGCACCCCUUCCUGACUCUGUACGUAUCAUCAAGGACGAGGACAUAGAGCGGUUGAAGAACGUGCAGACGAGUGAAGAAUUGAAUGAUGUCCAUCAGCACUUCAUGCUGUACUACUCCCACGAUAUUCCAGCUAUGCAAGAGGCUGUAAGGGUAAAGGAGAAGGAGGCUAAACGUCAGGCGAAGAUUGCUGAACGCAAGCACAAGCUACUAGAGGCUGAGGAGAACGGUGAGGAUCCACCACCAGAGGAGGAUAUAGAGAUCGAAGAGGAGCUAGAAAACGACGAGAACCUCAAACACGCUGUUCGAACAGGCCCCUAUGCUAUCUGCAGAAAAGCAGGUCUCGAUACAUUUGCGAAAAAGUUUGGCUUAACACCUGAACACUUUGCUGAGAAUUUGCGAGAUAAUUAUCAACGUCACGAGGUGGAUCAGGAGCCCAUUGAGCCACUUGUUGUUGGACAAGAUUUUGUUGGACCACAAUUCAAGAAUCCUGAGGAGGUACUCAAGGCUGUCAAGCUGAUGGUCGCCAUUCAGCUGGCUCGAGAGCCCUUGGUGAAAAAGUGCGUAAGGGAGAUGUACAUGGAGAGGGCGAAAAUCAGUGUCACACCGACCAAGAUAGGUAUCAAGAUGAUCGAUGAAACUCAUCCCAUCUACACCAUGAAGUACCUCAAGGACAAGCCAGUUCGCGACCUGGUGGGCGAUCAGUUCCUGCGACUGGUGAUGGCUGAGGAGGAUAAACUUGUUACUCUCACGAUGAGCAACACCAUCGAAGGAAAUACUAGUAGUAAUUAUGUGGACGAGAUGAAGCAGUUGUAUAUCAGAGAUGAGUUUAGUAAAAAUGUUCAGGACUGGAAUAACAUUCGAGUUGGAAGUGUUGAGAUGGCGCUGAAUGAGAUGGUGAUACCUGCUCUGAAGAAGGAGCUUCGUGCCAAUCUUAUUUCUGAAGGGAAGGAGUCGGUGAUGAGAGCAUGCUGUCGAAAAAUGUACAAUUGGAUUAAAGUCGCUCCAUUCACCUGUUCAUUUCCUGAAGAGGAGGACGAUGAGUGGGACACGAGCAAGGGGCUGAGAGUAAUGGGAGUCUCGUACGUACCUGAUUACUCUCAAGCUGCCUUCGCCUGUCUCAUUGCUCCGGAUGGUGAAUGCACGGACUACUUACGUCUGCCCCACCUUCUGAAACGAAAGAACAGUUUCAGAAAAGAGGACAAGGUCAUGAAGGAGGCAGAUUUGUUGGCCAUUCGUAAUUUUAUAGCUACAAAGAAGCCGCAUGUUGUGGUCGUUGGUGGAGAGUCCAGAGAAACUUUGAUGGUUGUCAGUGACAUCAAGGAAUGUAUAACAGGUCUUAUUGAGGAGGAACAGUUCCCAGCGAUAAGUGUGGAAGUGGGGGACAAUGAUCUAGCCAAGAUCUAUGCCAACAGCAACAAAGGAACUGCCGAAUUCAGGGACUAUCCUAGUCUUCUUCGAGAAGCCAUAUCCCUUGCUCGACGUCUCCAGGAUCCACUCGUUGAGUUCUCCCAGCUAUGCACUGCUGACGACGAAAUCCUCUGUCUCAAGUAUCAUAAUCUUCAGGAUCAACUGCCAAAAGAGGAACUAUUGGAGAACAUUUACCUAGAAUUUGUCAACAGAGUCAACGAAGUUGGUGUUGAUGUGAAUAAGGCAGUGCAGCAAGCGUACGCUGGCAAUCUAGUGCAAUUUGUCUGUGGACUGGGUCCAAGGAAGGGUCAAGCACUCAUAAAAACGCUCAAACAGACUAACCAAAGGUUGGAGAACAGAACACAGUUGGUAACUGCCUGUCACAUGGGUCCCAAGGUCUUCAUCAACUGUGCAGGAUUUAUAAAGAUAGAUACAAACAGUCUUGGAGACAGUACAGAGGCUUACGUCGAGGUGCUAGACGGCUCAAGGGUUCACCCUGAGACGUAUGAGUGGGCGAGAAAAAUGGCGGUGGACGCACUGGAGUACGACGAUGAGGACGCCAAUCCUGCAGGAGCAGUUGACGAAAUUCUCGAGUCUCCGGAGAGGCUCAAGGAUCUCGAUCUGGAUGCCUUUGCCGAGGAGCUCGAAAGGCAAGGUUUCGGUAAUAAAUGUGUGACACUUUAUGACAUCAGAGCAGAGCUCAACUGUAGAUACAAAGACCUGAGGACACCGUAUCAAUCUCCAAGUCCCGAGAAGCUCUUCGAUAUUCUGACAAAGGAGACCCCAGAAACAUUUUACAUUGGAAAGAGGAUUGAGGCGAUAGUCACAGGAAUUAGCCGGAGAAAACCCCAGGGUGAGCAGCUGGAUCAGGCGAAUCCAGUGAGGAACGACGAGACUGGUCUUUGGCAGUGUCCCUUCUGCCUCAAAAAUGACUUUCCAGAAUUGUCUGAAGUCUGGAAUCAUUUUGAUGCUGGGGCAUGUCCUGGAAAGGCUACUGGUAUCAAGCUGCGUCUGGACAAUGGGAUCUCUGGUUACAUUCACAUUAAAAAUCUUUCUGAUAAACACGUAGCUGAUCCUGAGGAGCGAGUUGCCAUGGGACAGACUGUCAACUGCCGAGUCAUUAAAAUUGAAGUUGACAGAUUCAGUGUCGAGUGUACCAGUAAGAGCAGUGAUCUCGCUGAUAAAAAUCACGAGUGGAGGCCACAGAAGGAUCCCUUCUACGAUAAUGAGGCUGAAUUGAAGGACAUGAAGGUCGAGGAUGAAACGAAAAAAGUCAAGCAGACACAGACCUACGUGAAACGAGUCAUUGUCCAUCCAUCAUUCCAUAAUAUCAGUUAUUCAGAGGCUGAGAAAAUCAUGAGGACGAUGAAGCAGGGGGAGGCGAUCAUAAGACCUAGUAGACAGGGCUCAGAUCACCUGACUGUCACGUGGAAGGUGACUGACGACAUCUAUCAGCACAUAGACGUUAAGGAGGAAGGCAAGGCAAAUGAGUUCUCCUUGGGAAAGAGUCUGUGGAUAGCGUCUGAGGAAUUCGAGGAUUUGGAUGAAAUAAUUGCGAGGCAUGUAAACCCCAUGGCAGCUUAUGCUUCAGAACUACUGGACUUCAAGUACUAUAAACCAGGAGUGAAUGGGCUGAAGGAUAAGGCUGAUGAGAUUCUCAAGGGACAGAAGAAGGAGAAUCCUGGGGGAAUUCCUUACAUCGUGUCAGCAGUCAAGAAGUGCCCAGGAACUUUUCUCCUGUCUUACUUACCCAGGGACAAAGUGGUUCAUGAGUAUGUUCAGGUGACUCCAGAAGGCUUCAAGUACAGGAGACAGAUGUUUGGCAGAGUCAAUGACCUGUUCAGAUGGUUUAAAGAGCACUUUAGGGAGCAGAUACCGGGACAAAAUACACCCAGCACUCCCAGGGGUGCUCAGACAUCUAGGACGCCUUACCACACGACACCAGGGGUUGCCAUGAAUCAGGAGGCCAUUCACAGGGUCGCCCAGAAUCUUCCAAGCCACAUGCUUCAUUCAUUAUCCCAAGUUGCCAAUCAGACUCCUCACUAUCCUCCACACACUCCUGGUGCUGCUGGGGCUGCUUAUGUCUAUCCAAAUACUCCGUACACACCCUCUGGACAGACACCCUAUAUGACCCCAUAUGCCACACCAAGAAAUCAUCAGUUCACACAGCCAGCACCACCUCAUCGGUCUACUCCCUCCCACAGACCCACUGCCCAGAUAUCUACUGCUGCUCAAGAUGCCAUGGACUGGAAAAAAGCUGCUGAAGCCUGGGCUAGGCUUAAGACCACACCGAGGUACGAUGGAAAGAGAUCUAGAACACCCUCGAGUAAAUCCCCCAGAACACCCCAGACCAAUUCAAGCCCCAGGUCUAUGUCUCUCAGUGGAGACUGCACACCUCUCUGGGAUGAGAGCUAGGGAAUUUAAUCAUGAUUUAUCGAAUCAAUUUUAUUUUGGUUCUAAUUCAAUUCGUCUUUCCCUCUAGGUUGUCUUGUUUAGGUUUAGACAAUGAUUAUAUUUUGUAUAAUGAACGUGACAUGAUAAUAAAAGUCAUAUUUAACGCGAAGAUUUUUGUUAACAUUGCUGAUCCUCAUGGAUUUUUAUUUGAUUAGUUUUAUUUUGUAAAGAUUGUUUCGUAAAGAGCAGUCGCGUCAGCUGGUGUAUUCAUUUUUUUAUAGAAUAGAAUGACGAAAUCCGUACAUUCGAUGGGAAAUAUUGGAAGCGAUUUUUUUUAUUUUCUUAAAUUAUGAAUGAAUAAAAGAUACAGAUUAACAAAAUAUCUGUGAAAGCCAAUCUAAA